AUGUUGCGCAGAGUCUCGGGCGUGUGCCCCCUCUGCCAGGUGCAGGCCCUUUCACGACGACCUCCGCCAGCCCACCACGUCCGCCCGUACACGCAGCUCCAGCGCGAACGCGGGGAACGCCAUGGCGCAGCCUCUUCACGACCCCCGCGGCCCGUCCGCGGGCGUGACCAUCCCAGGCCGUCGCGGAUGAUGCUCUCCGACGACGUCGCGCGCGCCGCAGACAGAGGGCCGGCGAGGAAGCCAGACGCCUUCGACUUCCUCAACAGGACCGAAGCACCACGGGGCCUGCAGCGCAUGCGCGAGCAGCGAGAAGCCCGCGGGAGCCGCCCGGCCACUGGGCGCGACGACGGCAAGCGGCGCACGCGAGCAGAGCCCUUCCACGCCCUCAAGAUGCAGAGUUCGCUGCACCAGGUGCCCUACAACAACCGCACCGCCGUCAAGCGCCAGCUCGACGAGUACGACUCGUUCGACAAGUUCCCCCUCGCCGAGCCCAUCCUGCGUGCCGUCAACGAUGCCCUGCCCGGCCUCGAGUACCGCAAUCCCACCCCCGCACAAGCCGUCGCCAUCCCCGCCCUCCUCGGCCUGCGCAAGGCGGUGCGCGCAAAAGUAAAGUCGACCAAGAGCGCGCCCGACUCGUUCCUCCUGGCAGCCGAGACGGGUUCAGGCAAGACGCUGGCCUACCUCCUGCCCACGCUGGACGCUAUCAAGGCCGAGGAAGUGCGCGAGAAGGACGAGGCUGAGGAGCAGGCCCAGAGAGACGCCGCCGACGCCGCCGCCCACGAGCACGACAAGAGGACCGACAUGUUCGCGGCCGAGGAGCCUGAGAUCAACAAGGCGGUCGACCCAGCACGACCGCGCGCCAUCAUCCUCGUCCCCUCCGCCGAACUCGUCGCCCAGGUCGGCGCCGUCGCAAAGUCGCUGUCCCACACGGUCAAGUUCCGCGCUGCCCCAAUCUCAGCCAAGAUGUCUGCCACGGUCAUCCGCAACCAGCUCUUCAACCCCAAUGGCGUCGACGUCGUCAUCAGCACGCCCCCGCUCCUCGCCAGCAUCGCCGAAAGCAACCCAAACAUCCUCGCCCGCGUCACCCACCUCAUCUGCGACGAGGCAGACUCCCUCUUCGACCGCUCCUUCAAGCAAAGCACCACCGACAUCCUCGACCGCGCGACGCCUUCCCUCAAGAAGCUCGUCCUCUGUUCCGCUACCAUCCCAAAGUACCUCGACAAAUACCUCGCAGACAGGUUCCCGGACAUGCAGCGCCUCGUCACACCCAACCUCCACGCCAUCCCGCGAAGAGUACAACUAGGUGUCGUAGACGUAAACAAAGACCCCUACCGCGGCAACAAGAUGCUGGCCUGCGCCGACACCAUAUGGCAGAUAGGCAAAGCAUCCGUCGACUACGACCCCAACGAAGGCAAACAAGCCAUUCCCACGAAGCGCGUCCUAGUCUUUGUCAACGAACGCGAAGACACGGAGCAAGUAGCCCAGUACCUCGUCAAGAAGGGCAUCGACGCCCUCGCCUUCCACCGCGACACCGAUCCCUCCCGCCAAGCCAAGAUCCUCAAGUCCUUCACCAACGACGCAUCAGCCAAGGAAGCCGAAGACAGCGAAGAGAACAAGGCGGAAGCGCCGAACAAACGCACGCUCCCCAACACCAAGGUCAUUGUCACCACUGAUCUGGGCUCAAGGGGUAUCGACACCGUCUCCGUUCGCCACGUCAUCCUCUACGACGUCCCACAUACUACCAUUGACUUUAUCCAUCGUCUGGGCCGGACUGGGCGAAUGGGCAGGCGAGGAAGGGGCAUCGUCUUGCUUGGACCCGGUGACCGAGCGGAUGUAGUCAGAGAAGUCAGAGAAGCCAUGUUUAGAGGCGAAGCUCUGAUUUAG